AUGGCACAUCAUUGGAGCUGUACUAUUGGGGAAAAGAUGCCAACUGUUGUAAUUGGGAAAGAGUUGGCUGCAAUGCGACUACAGGUCGAGUUGUUGGAAUCGAUCUUUCCUUUGAAAGAAUUGUGGAAUUGGGAGAUUUGGUAUCUAAAUGCCACUUUGUUUUUUUCUUUUCAAGAACUGAACUAUCUUGAAUUGAGUGGAAAUAAUAUACUUGGCUGUAUUGAGAAUGAAGAUUUUGAAAGACUUUCGAAGCUCAACAACUUGGAGAUUCUCGAUUUAAGUUAUAACAAGUUCAAUAACAGCAUUUUAACGUCUUUAAGUGCUCUUUCAUCUUUGAAAUCAUUAGAUAUAUCCAGUAAUAGACUCAAAGGAUCAAUUAAUGCUGAAGGUAAGUAA